AUGGUGGCUGAACAUCUGACGAUCCGCAAUCUCACUUCCACGCCGAUAACGCUCAAGCGCAUCGAGCGUUUUCAUCCACAUAAAGAUCCUCACGAUGAUAUGCAAUUUCUGGCUAGAAAUUUUACUCGCAUCCUGAACAAUGUUACGCGCACGAAUACGGCUGUGGCUGCGAUCACCGAUGACAACCAACUCUUUGCUUCAGAGGAGGUCGACAUCCAUGUGGAACCUUUCAAGGCGGUCCAGACCGAAUUGCGCGCAUUCAUGAACUCAGACAAAGAGCGCCUGCGCUGGGUCAUUGAAGCUGAGGGGGAGAGGCACCAGAUCCAAACACCGGUUCCCACGACCGAGUCGGCCACUAUGCGGGCAUUGUGCGACAAACCCCGAUUUGGCUUCACUGGAAUCUAUCUCACUGCCGCGUCCCAUCUCACAAUCUACUCCUCGGCCAAUCUGCAUGCAUGGAUGAAAGAGCUGAACGACAAUACACUGCUCUCCUCGCUCUCCAUCCCAGGCACCCACAAUUCGCCAACGUGCCAUGUUGCCGCGCCCUCUGUUCGCUGUCAAGCGGUUGGUCCGCGGGAGCAGCUCCAAAACGGCGUUCGAUUCUUCGACAUUCGUGUGCAACCUCAGUAUCCGGAAGACCCGUCCAAGGACGAGCUGGCCCUAGUCCACAGCGUAUUUCCCAUCUCUCUGACGGGCCACAAGUACUUCCGGGACUUGAUGCGCGAAGUGAACGAGUUCCUCGACAACAAUCCGUCUGAAACGCUCAUCAUCUCCCUCAAGCGCGAGGGGCCAGGAAAUCACACCGAUGAACAACUCAGUCGCAUCCUGCGUGAUCACUAUAUGCGUCCGGGGAGCCGGUGGUACACGGAGCCCAAGAUCCCUACUCUAGGCGAGGUGCGCGGCAAAGUCGUCUUGCUGCGCCGGUUCAACAUCAUCGAGGAGCUAAAGGAGGAGCACAAUGGCCGCGGUUGGGGUAUCAACGGAAGCGACUGGGCGGACAAUACCCCGAAUGCCACCUGCAACGGAGGACCGAUCUGCAUCCAGGACUUUUACGAAGUCCUCGAAACCAGCAACAUCGACCUCAAGAUCCAGUAUGUAGCAGAGCACUGUGACCGUUCCAGCGGCCACUGCUACCCGUUCGGUGCGCUCCCGGACCCCGACGCGUCCAGCGCGCAUCCGUUCUACGUCAACUUCCUCAGCGCCAGCAAUUUCUGGAAGGUGGGCACGUGGCCGGAGAAAAUCGCUGCCAAGUUGAACCCGGCUACCGUCGACUAUCUUUGUCGGAGACACAGCGAGAAGGAGGACGGUGACUGGUCUACGGGUAUCCUGGUCACGGACUGGGUCGGCCACGAAGGCGAUUGGGAUCUGGUGCGGUGCAUUGUGGGCAUGAAUGCCAGACUGAAGUUGAGGCAGAUGAGAUUGGAGCAGGAGCGUUCGGAUGACAGUGCUUAA